AUCAAAGAUGGCGGCGAGAGGCUGCGUCUGUCUGGCGGUCUGUGACAUCCCGCGCGCCCUGCGCUCCGCCGACCUCAGGAAUUACUUCUCGCAGUUCACAGAGAGCGGCGGCUUCGCGUGUUUCCACUAUCGGCACCGACCGCAACCCCAGGCCCCGGGGCGGACCCGGUCCCGGGCGGCGGCGGCCUCCUCCUCCUCCUCCUCCUGCUGCUGCUGUGUGGUCAGCCUCCCCGCCCACAGGGCCUCGGCCUUCAUCGACAUGUACAGCGGCCGCCAGUGGGUGGACCGGGCCGGGUCCUGGCUGCGGAGUCGUUGCCUGGUUCGGAGGGUGAGAGCGGCAGAGGCGGCGGAUUUGAACCUCUUCCCCUACAAAACUAAACUGGAGUUGCAGAAUAAGAAGGCUCAGAGCGAGAUCUUCACACAACACGAUUUGUCCAGACUGCCAGAGUUGAAUCCUCCUGCUCUGAUGCCCAAUGGGAAUGUGGGAACACCAGUGAGAGUUUUCCUAGAGCUGAUCCAGGCCUGCAGGCUGCCACCUCGCAUCAUCACAAAACUGGACUUAAAAUUCCCUAAAACUAGCUCCAACAGACGUUAUGGUAAUGUACCAUUCCAGUAUGAGACCUCAGAACUGCUGGAACAAGAGGAAUCUAUUUACACAGCUACAGGAGAAGAGAUCUCGGGGAGGAGUACAUCAUUUUUCCCACUCUGGCACAAUGACAAGCGGGAAGAGGUGGAAAAUGGCCAUUUACCAGAUAGCAUAGAGCAGGAAGAGGAAAAAGGAGCUGAACCUCAUUCGGACAAUGACGAAGAUUCGUGCGAGGAGUGGGAGAGGCAUGAGGCGUUGCACGAGGAUGUCACAACGCAAGAACGCACAAAGGAGCGCUUGUUUGAAGAAGAGAUUGAACUCAAGUGGGAGAAGGGAGGAUCUGGCUUGGUAUUUUAUACUGACGCACAAUAUUGGCAGCAGGAAGAAGGAGAUUUCGAUGAGGAAACUGCGGAUGACUGGGAUGUGGAUAUGAGCGUUUACUAUGACAAAGGUGGAGGGGAUAAAGAUUCCCGGGAUUAUGUACAGAUGAGGCUGGAGCAGCGUUUGAGAGAGGGUCUGGAAUCUGGCUCUGUGCAGACCUUGCGUAUUGGGAGCUUUGAAAAAUACACAAAGGGUUUUGGCAGGAAGGAAAUGGAAAAACAGGGAUGGACAGAGGGUCUUGGCCUAGGCUCCAGUAGCUCAGGGAUGGCUGAUGCUUUGGAAAACGAUGGACAGCAUCCAAAGUGUAAACGUGGACUGGGGUACCACGGAGAAAAACUCCAGAGAUACCAACCAGCAAAGAGGCUGCGCAGAGAAACCAGUCACAUAAUUUCAACUAUUUACGACCAGCCUGAGAGUAUUGAUCAGGGCGACACGUUGCUUCGGAGGCAGCCGGUGACCAGCAUGAAAUACAGAGAGGAUGUUGCCUUUGUAAAGGGUUCACAUGUCACACAUCACUCAGUCGCAUUGUAGUGAGAAACUGCCAGCCCUACAGCACCGUCACCAGAGAUCAAUCGUCAUUCAAAAUAAAAUCUUAAUUCUUGUGAUUUGUUAAUUCUUCUCUUUUUGUUGGAAUUGUUCUGUUACAACUUUCUCCCCCCAAACACGUUUCUAAUUUUUUUUAUACACUGGAGGUACAUUCUGUGGGUACCAGUGCCUCUGGCACCCUGGAAAAAAUUUUCAUGUCUGUGUCUUGACCAUGAAGAUUGAAUUCUAUUAGUUCAUGGGGGCAUCAUGCCGAUGAUUCUGUUCUCCACCUGAUGUGUACCUGCACCUGGAGUGAGGGAGUCCAGUGAUCAGGAGUGGGAAUCCUUGCUAAUUUGACCUCUCACUAGCUCGGCCUAACUCCUGCCCUGUUUCAGAACAGUUCCUCUGCACAGACCAGAAUUUGACCCUGGGAUGGCUUUGUGCUCAACCUGGAGACACUGCACAUCUACUCAUCGGAAUGCUGAUAUCUAUUUAAGACUGAAUGACACUCUUUCUAUUUGGAGAACAGUAAACUGGCAGCAACACUGAUUGUUUAAGGACGUGUAAUUUUUUGCUGUACAUGAAAAAAACAAUUUGUAUAAA